UCCCUGGCAUACGAAGACCAAUCAUGAACCCAGUGUUGCAGCAUGCGGCAACACCCAGGCUCGCUCACAUAGAUGCCUUUCAGCAACACAGACUAAAGAAUUUGCCACCAGGUGGAAAGCGUGCAAGAGGCCAACGUGCUUGCAUAGUUUGUAAAACAACAAAACGAAGAGAACAGAAAUGUAGAAUGGUGCAAACAUGGUGUGAAGGGUGUGGAGUUGCAUUGUGUGCUGUCGACUGCUUCAACGACUACCACUCGCUCCAAGAUUUCUAAAUGUGCAAUACUAGUGCAAAAACCUGUACAUAGUGCGUGCUAGUGUGUACAUGUAAAAUAAUGAAUAUUGUGAUUACUGUAUAUAAUAUAAUGCCGUAAUGGAAAACGUUUGUAUGCGCAUGUGUAUACUGUACUCGAUGUAUGCAACAUAUAUUGACAAUAACUGUGAAGUAACAUUAUGUGCAACACAAUUAGUGACUAAUAUUGCAAAGAAUACACGCCUAGACACUGUAAAUAAUGAUGCGAAAAUAAAUUCGUGGCAACUCUGGCUGCUUGAAGACUGCGUGCGACGCCUCUGGGACGCACAGUGCAUGAGCGAGCAUGCAAAUUGUGACGUCAUCACCCAUCUUGUCGGCUCAAUUAUGUCGCUGAUGACCAGCUCAGUGAUGGAGGAGCGUGUGAACGGUCUGAACACUCUUGCUGCCAUAGCUCUAGAUGAACAAGUGCUCUCUGAUAUUGUGAACAGUAUGAUAGUAGGAAAAGUGGCUGUCCUUUUGAAGGAUCCAAGUAUAGAAGUCAGAGUAGUUGCUGCAGGAGCUCUGAGAAAUAUAAGUGCUGGUGGGUCAGAUGACGUCGUUGAAGCAAUGGUGCAGCAAGAAGUGCUGACACCUUUGGCCGAGUUGCUUCAAGAGUACAGAGAAGUUUGGACACCUGUAACCACAGACCUUGGGGAAGCUACGGCGAGGGACAUUGACCCCAUGACCAACACUUUUGUACAUGCUACUCAUCUACUCUGGAAUCUCUGUGAAUGCAGUGAUGAAGCUCUUAGUGUAUUUAACCAGGAAGGUCUGGUUCACAUUCUACUUCGUCACAUAGACCCAUCGACUUGGGGCCACACUUUGACUCUGGCUGUAGCUGAAUGCCUGCUAUGUGUAUCAGAAAAUAAUCCUACUGUUGCAUCUGCAAUUCUUCCAUCCGCCGACUCCUUGGUAACUUUUGUGUCUCGGCCUGCAGAUUCUGCUGUUGAUCUACGGUUUGCCACUACCAUUGCAGGUGUCCUGUUGAACAUCAACUAUUGUACAACUAGCGGCAACAACUUUCAGCUGGUUUUGAAGAUAUUGUCUACAGUGCUUGAGACAGACACACUCUCACUAGUGAAUCGAUACGCAGGUGACCCUAUGUCUACUGCUGGCUCUAAACCAUCCAUAACCCCACAAGAUCUUGAGCAUCUUAUCUUAGCUCAACAGCUGGCAUUAGAAAUUUUGUCGAAUAUUUGCUGUCCAGAAGCUCAUAAUAUUCCAGAUGAGGAGGAUUGGGAUAGUUGUGAGAAUAUCUCAAGUGACGGAGAAGCUGAAAAUGGCUGUACAGAGAACCCUAUGGAUUUAGAAGGGGCAAGAGAUGUUCUUUCUCCUGAGGUCCUUGAAGGCAUCACCCACUUCAAAUUGUUUGAAAAAACUCUGAAUAAGAUCAAUUAUCCCAAUGAUGAUGAUGUCCAGCAUCUUCAGUCCAUGAAAUAUGGGCCGUCAUUGCUGAACAAAUUGUCGUCUUUGCGCAUACGAAGUCUUCUAUGUGUCCAAAAUCUGACAAGCAUGUUAAGCCUUAGUGACAUAGGAGGAACAGAGCUUAUGUACUCAACUUGGGUAAACUUAGGCAUCAAGAUCUUCCAAAAUUCUUGUACUGACAGUGGCCUUUUAGAAGCUACAACAGGUGCCAUGAGAGCAAUAAUGGAUCGCUUGAGCCAAGACAAAUGUGAAAAAUUAGCUGCUAUAACACAAGAAGAUCUGAAGUUGAUCUUUGAAGCUGGAGUGGUUUGUUCCGUAGCCAGUGUGAGAGCCAACCUUGCACGCAUGGUAGGGACUCUGGGAUGCCUUAUUGUCACUCAGAACACAGAGGAGUCACUAAAUUCUGGAACUGCCUUCACUGUCCUGUCUGCUGCUACUGAAUACUUACUGAAGGUUGCUGCUCAUGAUGGAGAGCUGUGGGUGUCAGCAGAGGCCUUGGAUGUUAUUAUCGACCUUUAUUCUGAUGACAAGACAGAUAAACUGGCUCAUAAUACUCACCUGGUGGACAGGUUAAAGGGCAUCCAGCCUCAGUUCAAAUCCAAGCAUCAUCAACAGAAGAAAAAGCUGGGUGAGCACCGAGCCCUGGUCCUGACUGUGAGAGACAACCUCGUUGCCUUCAUCAAGUAUAAAAGUCCCAGAGCUGCAAAAUAUGGAAAAUCUCCGUAAACAAUUCAUUAAACUCUACGUCGGUUACGUGAAAGGUGGUACAUAACCUAUUGUGAGGGUUUGCCCUAAAUUUAUACACAUUUUCAGUGACAACCUUAGAAUAAACAUGCAAUUAAAAUAUCACACACUAUUGUCAAGACGGGGCUUCAUAACAAUGAUGAGUUUUUCAUGAAGUUGAUGCAAUAUUAGAAGUAUCAAAUAUUUUUCUAUUUUCCUAUAUUUUAAUGCAUAUACAUAUAAGGGAAAAUAUAAGGGAAAUAUACAAUACUGUAUUAGAUCAUUAUGGAGUUCAUUUCCUGGACCCAUGAUUACCCAUAGGAUAUGUAUGGGGUGCAUAAUAAACAUUCAAUCAAUUGUCAUAAUUUCCUUUUGUUUAAUUGAACAUCAAUCCCAUUAGUUUGGUAAAUUAUUUUAUUUAAUAAUUUAACUUUUGGUCAAUAGGUUAGUUAUUCCCAUACAUAUGUGUCAUUGGACCAUUGGAAAAUCUUUUCAUUUUAUCUAGAAGUAUUGGUUAUGUUUGUGUAAUACUUGUCGUAAAUUAAUUUUAAACUAUUUUCUUAAAUAUUUUUAUGGCAAAAACCAUUGUUCAAGUGUAAAUUCAGUAUAGUAUACCGUACAGCGUUCUCUCUCUUUUCUACCUUAGCCUCUAAAUUGUUGGAUGAAUCAGACUUUUUUUUAAGUUUUGGUGUAUUUCACUAGGUACUGUAUUUCAAGCUCUACUAUCUGGAACACAAGUUAAUUUAGUAUACAUGUACAAACAACAGGUGUCUGAUCUAUCUCUUAUCCGUUUCCUAAUAUAUUUGUGAGUGUGCUCCACCGGUGGUACAUUCUGGGUGUUUCAUGUAACCAUUUGUGUCUACCGAUAGAAUACACAACGGUACUAUUUUUAAUGCAACUCAAAAAACUUUGUUUAUGUCUAAGGGGUUUGAUAUUACUAUUAUGACUGCAGGAAAUGUUGUAUUGUUCCUGGUGAACCAUGGAUGGUACGCCCUCACAAAAAUAUACUAAAUAGCAGCAAAAUUUCAGAUCAUAUGGCUUGUUUUUACAUGAGUAAAAAUAAAAAAUAAUGUAGUGUGUAUUGAAGUACAGGGAAGGCAGUUGGUGACUGCAACAAAAGACUGGUGACAAAAGCAACUUUUGUCUUCAGUUCAUACAGUACUUCUGUGUAAGAUUUUUCUUGCUCAAGUUGGUUAUAGUAAACAGUAUAUCUCUUUCUAUUCUACCAUUUCUAUUAUCAUCAUUGACAGAUGAACCACAAUUACUGUCAAUGUCAGAUCAGAAGCCCUAUACAAGUCACUAGAUUCAUCUAAAUCAUUGCAUUUUGAAGAUGAUAAGAUAAGGAUUGGGCAUACUGAGGAGUUCAAAUAAAAAUGUAACUUAUUCUUCUCAUCAUAACUGGUUCACAACACCAACGGGUGACGCUGAUGGCUGACACCACAACACACGUUCCAGCAAUUUUUAAGCUACUUCCAAUUGUUUACCGAUAUGAAGCACACUUGUUUUGGAGUAAAAGCAAAAAUUCAGUUUGCCCUUACACUAAUUUUCCUCGUACUUUACAUUUUUGUCAAACACUAUUGAAGACUUUGGGAUAUUUUGCUAAAUAGUCUUUAGUGACCUUCAGUGGCACAUGACAGCUGCAAGGAAAAAGUAUCUAUUAGGACUGUUGUGUACCAUCACAACAGUCGUAUAGACCAGUUGUGAUGGUCUAUAUAGUUGUAUAGACCAAGAAAUAGACAAUAUUUUCCACAAUCACUGUAACUUCCAUAAAAGAGCAUAGAUAUAUGAGGUGCAUUAGCAAUAAUACUCUACACUUGUUGCGUGUAUUAUCGGUAGACACCAACGGCUAUACAAAAAACCUGCAAUACACCAUUAGUGGAACACAAUUAAAUUAUAAACCAAUGAAAAAAAUUUAAAAUGAUUGUUAUAAACUCUGCAUAUGUCUAAUAUAUAAUAAAAAUAGCCUGGAUAGGCUUAAAAUAAUUUAUAUGUUUUUGACCGAGGGAGAGACGGGUAGCUUGCCUCACUCCAUCCCUCUUUUUGCUCUAACAUGACGUAAGUAUGUAAAAGCUAUUUCUUGUUUUCACAUAAAUAAAGUAUAUUUCUAAAAA